CGCGCCUGACAUGAUUGACUUUGAAGUUUGAGGAAGGUGCAUUCAUUCAUGGUUAACAAGAUACAUGAAUCACUCCGUAAUAUGAACACUCUGGCAUGAUAGUUAGAGGAGAUUUUUAGUCAAAAAAAAUUGACUCGACCGACUGCUCAACAUGACCCAGUCGUACACCUGACCCGACAUGUCCUCGUCAAAGAAGCUCGCCGAGUUCCCCGACAUCGAAGCGAAGUUGCAGAAGCCGACCAAGAAGUCCGUCUUUGAGCGCCAACGCGAAGAGGCCGAAGCCAAGCGGCGCCGCGAAGAGGCCGAGACGGCUGCUGUGCUAGAAGACUUUGUAAAAAGCUUUGACCGUGACAGUGACCGCGAUAACUCACGCGACAACCGAUUCCCUCCUAGUAGAAACGAAAGGUCAUCGAAUGUCUCCGACCGGCCCCAGGGUUUUGGUGCCGGGGCAGGCAGGCGACAUUUUGGCAUCCAAUCUGGCUUGCCACCACCAAAGAGCGGGCCCGGAUCUUUAGGGCCGUUACCGACAAGCUUUGGGAGGAAACGAACUUUCGACGGCUUUUCUGAUAGAGGGGACCGUGCGGAGGGCGCCGUAGGACGCGGACGAACGGGUGUAGGGGAGCAUGACAACAGCAGCCGAAAGAUCGCCAAGGCCUUUGACAACAGCGAAGAUGAAGCCGAAGCUCUUGCAACCGACAGGGCUGAAGAGAAGGCCGUCUCUAAGCCGACCUUGCGCUUGUCCAACUUGCCACCGGGCUCAUCCCAGUCUCUGAUCAAGUCACUCAUACCAGUCAAUCUCAAUGUCGAGAAUGUCAAAUUCCUGCCGCCGGCUGGUCCAGUAAACACAGAAAGAAAAUCAGCCACCGCUAUCGUCACACUCUCCCCCGAAACAGCGGCCACGGAAAUCGAUGCUGCCGUCAGUACGUUACAAAAUCGGUACCUCGGCUUCGGGUUCUAUUUGUCGCUACAUAGGCACCUCUCCUCAGCUGCCAUCUCAAGCUCCCUUGUCACGGCUCAGACAAAUUCGCAUUCGUCUCACCCGUUCGGGGCCAAGCCGGUUUCUCAGCCGAAAGAAAGAUCAUCAUACAGAGGUAGGGGUCGAGGCUUUGCACCGCCCACAUCUUAUGAUGCUCAAGUGGGCAGUCCAGUAAAUCGCUCUGGAGUAAUGCACGUACCAGUGCGCCCACCCAAAGACAUACACAUGCUACGCACUAUCCACAUGGUCGUCGAAUCCAUCUUGGAGCAUGGACCCGAGUUCGAGGCGCUGCUAAUGUCGAGACCCGACGUUCAACGCGAAGAGAAGUGGGCUUGGAUCUGGGACGCGCGUAGUGAGGGCGGUGUAUGGUACCGUUAUAGGCUUUGGGAAGUCAUCACUGGUGCCAGGACACAGAGGGGCAAAGGCAAGUUUGUGCCGUUGUUCGAAGGUGGGAGUGCUUGGAAAUUACCGGACCAACCACUCUCCUACGAGUACACAGAAGGUGUAGAUGAGUUCGUGUCAGACUCUGAGUACAACUCCUCGGACGACGAUGACUUUUACGACGAGCAUCUUGGCAAAUCCGGGGAGGGCGGCCCUGGCGUGGCAGCCUCUGGAAACGAGCAGGAAGAGAACGUUCUCAGUCCACUGGAGAAAGCAAAGCUGGUUCACUUACUAGCACGCCUUCCCACCACCUUGUCCAAGCUACGAAAAGGAGAUAUUGCCAGGGUGACUACAUUUGCCAUCACUCACGCCAGCAGAGGAACGGAUGAAAUCACAGAUCUGAUCGUGUCGAAUGUCGAAAAGCCCUUUGCAUUCUCUUCGGCAAACCCUGAUUACAAGCCAAAUCAAAUUGACAGAGCACAAGACACGAAGGCUUUAUCAUUGGCACCCGAUUCCAAAGCACCCAGCGAGCCCCAGGAUGUAAGCACUUCAAAACUAAUAGGGCUUUACGUAAUCAGCGAUAUACUCUCGUCUUCGUCAACAAGUGGGAUACGUCACGCUUGGCGCUACCGACAGCAUUUUGAAGCUGCCUUGCGGAACCGAAAGGUCUGCGAGGGCCUAGGAAUGGUCCCAGAGAAGAUGGGGUGGGGCCGUCUCAGAGCAGAGAAAUGGAAACGUAGCGUAGGACUGGUGUUGGGUCACUGGGAGGGUUGGUGCGUUUUCCCUGCAGAGUCGCAAGCCUUCUUCGUCGACAGCUUUGAGAAUCCGCCCGCUCUAGCGCUGGCGCAACAGCAAAAAGAGGCCAAGGAAGCCGAAGAAGCGUUAGGCAAGAAGAAUAAGUGGAAGACGGUGCCCAAGGCUGUUGCAGGCGAGGCCCUCGCCGAUAAUUCUGGUCUAGUGGGCAACAGCUCUGUCCUUGAUGCCGAGCGAGAUCUGGAUGGUGAAGCUUAUCUCGAAUAUACGGACGACGAAGACAUGGAUCUUGAAGUGUUGGAGGGAGAGGAUAUCGACGGAGAACCCAUGAUUAGUGAGGGGAUGGCAGGGCUCUCCAUGGAAGAGGAUGUGGAUGCCAAGACAGGUGGUGACGCAGCCGGACAGCCACCCGGUAGAUCCGGGGUACAAGAACCACAUCAGGUCACCAGAUCUGUGGGUGGUUUUCAGAUGUCAGCUGCGUCGGUCAACCCUAAGAAACGUAUGCGGGCAAUGGAUAUGUUUGCGAGCUCUGACUCUGAGAAAGAUUAACAAAAUCCGUGCUUUCUCAAGAAGAUUGGAAUCAUGACAGAACACAUAUAAUAAACCAUUUUACUUAAUCUGCGGGCUCCAGUAAUUCUUAUGUUGCUGUUGUGCCCAAAUGUUCAUACCCUCGUACAAAACCUGAUUGGGGGUGCAAGAUGCCUUGGCUGGGUAUCUUCGAGCCGCAAAGAAAUUCUGCAAGGGAGUGUAUCCACGAGAGCAUGCAAGGGAGGCUAAUUUUCAACGCAAGGUACUUCUCCGUACAACGAGCCGCGCCUCUUCUCUUGUGCCUGCAUACGAAAUCUGGGUACCUUUAGUCGGUGUGGGGACAGGGAUAAGAUUAGAUUAGAUCGCCAAGAGAUCUGCGGCGACAAAGGCUUCCUGCAUCGCAAAUCUCAGGGUCCCCGCUCUACCCGUUAUGUUUGGAUCUAGAUCAGUCUUUCUCGACGACAUAGUGGCAGAAUUUCCCGACAGAACAUAAUGCCCGUCAUUGUUGCGAAAGCCAUGGCGACCAGUGGACCUGGAUCUUGACCAGCUACUUGUCGAGUUUUGAACUUUGUUUGUCAAAGAAAAGCUCAAUGGUUUGAGAUAAAGAGCAUCUAUACAGGUACAGCAUCUAACUACUGUAGGUAUCCAGAGCGAGUGACUGACAUCCAUCCCCUGCUACCAUCCUUUUUGACGGGCUGCUACUCUGAACUUGAAAGCUUGGAGGCGGGGCGACCCAACCAGCUUUGGUAUCGCUGUCGCAACCCCGACACGCGACGAAAAAAAAAAAAAAAAAAAAAAAACUACAGUCACUUUGUACUCCAUAUGUGAGACACUCGAAGCUGUCAGUAGACAUGAUGCUUACGUGGCCAUCGAUAACCAAUGAUAAAGAGCUCUAACAACUGGUUUGGGCGAGAAGUGGUUGGAGAAGUCUACUACUGAAAGCCUUGCCUCGUGACGAUGGAGCGAGAAGCCCAUUUUUUGUUUUGUUUAACCAGUAUUUUCCGUGGUUCAUCUUAAUUUUCUUCGAUUUCUCGCUUCCAGCUCCUUCAUGUUCUUCUCCAACGUCUUUAUUUCAUCAUUUAGCGACAUCAAAUCAAUCGUAAAGCUCGCGAAAAACACGGCGCAGAGGCUGAAUCGUAGCGUAGUAUGGCAGUGCUUGGACUCCCCGACAGAUCCAC